AUGCCGCAGAACGAGUACGUAGAGAGACAUCAGAAGUUGUAUGGUAGGAGAUUGGAUUAUGAAGAGCGUAAACGCAAGCGAGAAGCUCGUGAGCCGCACAAGCGGGCUGAAAGAGCGCGAACACUUCGUGGUAUCAAGGCCAAGAUCUUCAACAAGGAACGUCGCAAUGAGAAGAUACAGAUGAAGAAGAAGAUCAAGGCGCAUGAAGAGAAGAAAGUUAAAGAGCAAUCUGAAAAUGCUCCUGAGGGAGCCUUGCCCGUAUAUCUUUUGGACCGUGAUGUCCAACAGCGCUCCAAAGUUCUGUCUAAUAUGAUAAAACAAAAGCGAAAGGAAAAAGCUGGCAAGUGGGACGUACCCAUACCAAAAGUCAAAGCUCAAUCUGAGUCAGAAGUUUUCAAAAUCGUCAAGAGUGGAAAAACCCGUAGAAAGGCUUGGAAGAGAAUGGUGACCAAGGUCACUUAUGUUGGAGAAAAUUUCACCAGAAAGCCACCCAAGUUUGAGAGAUUCAUCAGACCCAUGGCACUCAGGUUCCGCAAAGCUCAUGUCACGCAUCCAGAAUUAAAGGCUACUUUCCAUUUACCGAUCAUCGGCGUCAAGAGGAACCCCAGUUCUGUUAUGUACACGACACUCGGUGUCAUUACCAAGGGAACAAUCAUCGAAGUCAAUAUUUCAGAGCUUGGAUUGGUCACCCAGACUGGUAAAGUCGUCUGGGGAAAGUAUGCGCAAGUUACAAACAACCCGGAAAACGAUGGAUGUAUUAAUGCUGUUUUACUAGUUGACGAGAAUGGAAAAAUCCAUCGUCUGAGACGUGAGUGUCCGUCUGAGCAAUGCGGUGCUGGUGUUUUCAUGGCUGCCAUGGAAGACCGUCAUUACUGUGGAAAAUGCGGUUACACACUGGUGUUCAACAAACCUGAAGACAAGUAA